ACAAUAAUGACAGGCUGGUAGGCAGCCAGACAGAGUUUUCUUCCGACUUUCGUCUGCGGCUCUGGCGGCUCAUUGACACUUAUUGACAUGCUAAGUGGAAGUGGAAACCUUGGUUAUUAUUUUAUUUGCGAGUGAUUUUGGGUAGUGCAACAUAUGGUAAAAAUAAUAUUGGUCGCAUCAAACGCACUGUAAUUUCUUGCAGGAAACAUUUAAAAGGUCACUGAUAGAAAAAUACAAAAUGGCUCAAGUAUCGGCAACUGGUUCGUCGGUUGGUGGAACAGGAGGAGAUAGUGAGGGAGAGGAGCAGGAAGACCCUUCAUCGUCGUCACCUGAUGAAGUUCUAGAAAUUGAUGAUUCUCUUAAAAAAUUAAAUGUGCAAGAUAAGCCACAGAAUACCGACGACGAGUUGGCGGCUUUCCGCCAACAAUGGCAGCGAGAGUUGGAAGCCAAUGCAGCCAAUGCUACCCCGAAAAGGUCCACGCCGCCGAAACAGAAGCAGUUCCCUGAACCUACCUCUGACGAAGAAAAGGCGAAGCAGCUGUUCUUGAGUGGCAUAGAGAUGGAGCAGCGUGGCAGGCUGUAUGAGGCGAUCCAGCAUUACAAGUACUCCCUGCAGAUACUACCUGACGUUGAGAAGCGCCUGCAUAACGAACUACAGGCCGCAAUUCCUGAAGAGGAGGUGAUAGAAACAGAAGUAAUAAGGCCAAAAGUGGCAUACCCUGAAGAUGAUGAGGAGGAAAUCGAAGGGGAGGACUUGCUGAGCAAGUUGAGAAGGAUCCUCGCUUCCAAGGGAGCACUGUGUGAACCUGAACUCGAGACUACGGAUGCCCACAUCUCCUGGCUGCCGUACGAAGUGAUCCUGGAAAUACUUCGCUGGGUGGUCAGCUCAGAGCUGGACGUGUUCUCACUGGACCAGGUGUCCAACGUCUGCCGAGGACUGUACAUCGCUGCACGAGAACCAGACAUCUGGCGCUCGCUUUGUCUCAACACUUGGGGCAUUGAAUGCGGCACCCUGGCAUCGCACGGCUACAUAUCCUGGCGUCAGAUGUACAUGGCUCGGCCCCGGGUACACUUGCAUGGCGUCUACAUCAGCAAGACAACGUACGUGCGACACGGUGACAAAUGCUACCAGAAUGAAUUUUACCAGUCUUGGUUCCUCAUCGACUACUAUCGGUACCUCAGGUUCUUCGCGGAUGGUACAGUGCUGAUGUGGACGACGCCGGACGAGCCCCAGUCGUGCGUGGGUCACCUCAAGAAUCGACAGUUCAAGCACGGGCUCGGCAUCAUGCCCGGCCACUACAGAGUCGUUGGGGAAAAGGUUGUCAUAGUGGUAAAGAGAGUGAACCAAGAGAAGAAGCCGGUGGCGGCCUCCAACACACGCUUCCGCUCCCGACACAAGGAGAUUGAGCAGCAACAGGAACAGACCUUCCACGUCGAGUUGGAGUUGCUCGGUUCCCGUACGCAGCGUAACUCUCGCAUGGAGUGGCGCCACUACGCAGCGUGCACGCGCCGCGACCAAUGGACUCAGUUCGAGCUGACGCCGGGCAAGUUCCCUCCCUUCCGCUUCAGUCGAGUUCGUAGCUAUAUGGCCGAGUCUGAAGCACCGCUGCCUUCUCGUCAUUAUAACUAAAGCCCGAUCUGCAGGGUUGUCACAUAGCUGAGAUUCAGGAUUCCGGUCUUUAGUAAGUCAUGGGCAAAUGUAUCUAUGUAUUUAGUAGUUCUUCUGUGUGAUCUGACUAUUGUACACUGUACUGCUGAAUUGUAAAACAAAGCAAAUAUUUAAAACAGGUAAAGUGAUACUCGCCUUAGAAUUGUCUGAACUUCGUGUUGAAAUUGUAAAAAUCAACCUUACCUCUUAUGAAAUAAAAGACAUUUUUAAUCGAAUUUGUAGAGGUAAAACUCUUGUCUCAAAAUAAACUAAUUUAACGCACAAAGAAAGGUGCUUUAAGUUUAAAAUUUUAAUUACAAAAGUUGAUAUUUUUGUCUUUAAAGUAAUUCAGUGUAAAUGUUUGCUUUGAUAAAGCGUGUAAGACGUAAUUGUAUAUAAGGGAGUACACAGACUGGACUGUUGUGGAUAAAGUCGGAAAUUAUUAAAAAAUAGAUAAAAUAUACAAUUAUCUUUGUCCCAAAAAUUUCAAAGUAACAGUGAUUAAAUUCUAGAAAUAAAGAAACCCAAAUCUUUAAAAAGUAGAGAAAAAGUCUUGUUCGAUGAGCCAAACUAUUCGGUAGACGUGUAAAAUUAAUUAUAGAUUCAGCACAGAGACAAUGAAAUGUAUGUCGUAUGUUUAAACAUCUAAGUGACAUUCUGCCUUGAUAAGUAUUUAAAUAAGGUUGUUGCAAAACUAAUUUGCUGUAGUCACGUAGUGAACUUAUGUGUGUUUUUCAUAAUUCCGAAUUGAAAUAGAUUCUUGUUAGGCAUAGCUAAGAAUUCUAACUCCUUUUUUCCUUUACCUGUGGCAUCUUGGAAUAAUUUAAUGAUUAAUUGCCGAGUAUUUAAGGUUCAUUUUUGCGUGAUUUUGUGACAUAGUAUAGUUAUUUGUAUUUCCUAGUAUUUCAGUUAAAUUUUCACGUCCAAUACGGCUUUAUCUGCAUCCAAAUCGAAUUUAAAUUAUGGAUUAUUUUCCUAGCACUAAAAUUAACAAAAAAACAAUUAGUUUUGGAUCCCAUUUUCAAUGUAUUUUCUGUAAAUAUUGUACAAAAUGACGAAAAUAAAAAAUUUGGACUGAUAUGGAUUUGAUAAAUUGAAAGUAGGUUUUAUUGUCGUGGAAUGUAGGUUCCUUUUUCGAUGAAUCCAGUCUUAUGCUGUGGGGCACGAAUAUUGUGAUUUCUAAUGCCUUGGAUUAAGUAAAUGGUGUUCUCAAAAUACGUGAGAAUGUGUACUUUUGACGCUACGCGCUAUAUUUGAUAAUUAUUAUUGUUACAUUUAAGAUUUAAGUUUAUGAUUUUAUUGUAAGACUCGAGUGGUUUUGGAAAUUAAACCGAUACAUAAAAUA